UAAAUUCAUCAAGCAUGAAACUUGAACAGAUGCGUGAUCACUAUUAAUCGACGGAGGAAUGGUUUGUUGCAUGAGCUGGUCGACGAAAUAUGACUUCAGCAGUGAAAGGUUUGGUGGAAAGACUACGAGAUGGGGAGUACGUCAUCUGCGCGGAGGGAUACAUGUGGGAACUGGAGAAGACUUUCAGAUCUGGGUCCUUUACGCCUGAAGUGGUCAUAGACCAUCCGGAAAGAGUUCGACAACUGCAUGAAGAAUUUGUCCAUGCCGGAAGUGACGUUAGCUUUUCCCUUCAGUAUUACGGCCACCGAGCGAAGAUGCGAAUGGUUGGAAGGGAAGAUGAACUGGAAACCUUUAAAUCUCGCAGCGCUGAAGAUUGCAACGAUAGAGGAAGUGAAAUGUAUUUUCAAGAACAAGUAGAGUGGGCUGUGAAGGGCAGGGCGGACUACUUUAUUGCGGAGACAUUCAACUCGUUUGGUGAGGCCAGCCUCGCUCUGGAGGCGAUCCGGAAGAAUGGACAUGGUCUUCCAGCUGUGAUCACCAUGGCGGCGUAUGUCCCAGACAGAACCACAGAUGAUGUCCCCUUCCCCCAGGCCAUGAGGAGGCUGGAAGAAGAAGGGGCGGCGGUCGUGGGGUUGAACUGUGCCCGGGGUCCGGCCACGAUGUUGCCACUUCUCAGGCAGAUCCGACAGGCCUGUAAGGUAAGUGCACUCUCUGGCCAUGAGGAGGCUGGAAGAAGAAGGGGCGGCGGUCGUGGUUGGUUGAACUGUGCGGGGUCCGGCCACGAUGUUGCCACUUCUCAGGCAGAUCCGACAGGCCU